AUGACAAAAGAUGACUUUAUUUCAACAAAAAAAAACUGGAGAAUAACAUUACCAAUAGAAAGGUUAGAGUUUUAUGACCAAAACUUUAAUUUUGGUCGAUCUGAAUGCGUAGACGACGACGAACCUAAAAUGGAGCUACCAUCAAAAGAAUCGUAUCGAGAUAUAAACAGUCAUACGAUUCUGCCACCUUUGGACAAGAUAUUGAUAAGGCAUUAUCUAUGUUACACAGAGAAAAAAAUAGCAAUGGCUACACAGCUAUAUGAGACACGGCACUUACCGAUGGCAAGAUCUUCAGUUGUUGGUCAAAAUACUUUAAAGAGAAACAAAUCUUGCACGUUAAAUCCCCUGUCUGCCAUGAUGUUAUCCCCAGAAUCACAAAUAUCAAAUAACUUGCUGCGUUCUACAAUUUGUCUGUCACUCACUGAACCGGCAUAUGCACUUGAACAAUAUGUUAUGAGACCACCUGGUAAUAAUGUCGCGUUUUUGAACGACGACAGAAUUGAAGAAGAAUUACAGCUUUUAUUUGGUCUUCCUGAUGAUCCAGAGGUUUCCGAAGACGAAUAUGAAACGGAACCAGAAACUGUUACUGAUUUAGGUAUCAGUAAUAUAUUGAAUGGUAUUGAUGACCCUAUGCUUCGUUCUGAAGUCGAUGCGCAGUGUCAGAAUUAUGACUCCGUUCCAUUGAACAACCUGAAUACUGAAGAGCCUUCGACAAGUUCAGCUGGAGAUCAGCCAUUACCAUCCAGUCUUCACUUAGACAGUAAUACUGAGUCUUCCUCUCCUAUAGUACUACCGCUUCGCCACGACAGUGUCUUGAUGUCUUCACCAACACCUCCAGUAGCUAAUGCAGCCACAAUGUCUGAUACCGAUGAGUCUGACACUGAAGAACAGGAAUGGAAGAAGGUUCUUUAUCCACAGCUUCCCGACAUAGACUAUUUUGAUAGUAUACAUUUAGAGCACACAAAUUUUAUUCCAAGUAGGACCAGACCUGUUACUUAUUUCACACAUUUUUUUGAUACCGAUGUAAUUGAUCUCCUUGUAGAACAAACCAAUAUUUACGCAGAACAGAGUCGCAGCCAUGGCUGGUCACCGGUUGACAUCCCUGAAAUGAAGGCUUUUCUAGGAACGAUAAUUUUGAUGGGGCUCCAUCCGCUACCAACAAUUGAUUUAUAUAGGUCAAGUGACCCAUUUUUUCGUAUUGCUGGGAUAGCAUCGGUAAUGACGUGCAAAAGAUUCAAGAAAGUUUUGGAAAACCUACAUUUGAACGACAACUCUAAGAUGCCUCCGAGAGAAGCGCUUCAGUUCGACAAAUUAUAUAAAGUUCGUUCGAUUCUCGAGCUGCUCAACACGGCCUGCCAACGUUCUGCAAAAACUACAACAUCUCAAUCAAUAGAUGAGUCGAUGAUUCAGUUCAAAGGUAUCUCAUCACUCAAACAAUAUAUGCCACUAAAACCGGUGAAAAGAGGCUACAAAGUGUGGAUUAGAGCUGACAGCGAGACAGGCUAUGUUUUCAAAUUCCAAAUUUAUACAGGGAAACGGGACGAUCAAAUUCGGGAAACCGAUACCGAAUCCCGAUACUUUUUCGCAUCGUAUGACAUACUACAAUAUUUAUACAAUAAUGGUAUAUAUGCCACAGCAACAGUCAAUAGUAACAGAGCAGAUCUACCUCUCGUUGUAAAACAUGCCAAAAAGAAGAAUAUACCAAGGAGCCAAAAAAUAAACUUAGCAAGAGGCGAAUUACGAUGGCGCACUAAAAACAACGUGGCGUUUGUAAUGUAG